AUGUUCCUGUCUGUGUUGGGCCCAAUCAGUAAGGGCCUCACCGCACUUCGUCUCAAUGCUGGACUGGGCACACUCACCACAAACUUCAUCCGUGAUACCAGCCAGACGUUAGAAGAGUUGCAUGUAUAUGAGCCAAACAAUGUAGUUGGCGACGAUACUCAAUAUCCCAAUCUCAAGACCUUGGGCCUGCCAAACAUAAACUUCUCCUGGGAUCUGUUGGACGCGCCAAACCUGUCCCAUAUCGAGCUGAUCCAGGCGAUGGAGAUGACACCUGGCUUCGAAGCAUUCCUCAAGAAGAAGAAGAGUUGCAAGAAUAGUGCAUUCAUUCGGGCAAUACGCUCGAUGGUCUACACCAAUGCCUAUCAUGCCCAUCUCAAGCAGCUAACCAAUGUGCGCCUGGAAUUCAAAAGCAAGGUGGACAUUGAGCAGCUGGACCUCUCUCCAGACAUCCUCACCCUCAGUCUCAACACAUCCGACGAACAUAAUGUCCUGCUGCCCGUCACUAUCAUUCGCGGUCUAUCUAACUACCAACACCUGCAGCAUGUGUAUCUGCCCGACUGCUACAGUCCAGAGUGUUUGGAGGCGUUGUGCCAUGUGAUCCCUCUACUUCCCAACCUUGAGACCACAUUCAUUUCGACCAAGUACACCGAUGGCAAGGCAUUGACAGACUCUGAGAUGACAAUGAUCUUCUCUUGCUUCCAAAUGCAUCCAUCUCUACAUGGCAUCAGUAUCACUCUGCACUCAAUGUCUCGCGAUCAACUUGUGAAUAUCAUGGAGCCAGGUCUAAUCUCUGGGACCAAUAUCAGAACCUUCAUUCUCACCUACAUCAACGAUGAUUCGUCCGUUACACUGAGUGAUGCCUGUCGAUCAUACUUUGAUGUGACCACCGACUACUUCUUCGAGAUGGAUCAUUCCAGGCAAUUGAUACUUGAUCGUAUUAUCAAAGAUUAA